AAAACACGAUACACAGACACAAUGCACUGUAACUCUUUUCCUUUCCCCCAGUAACCUCGAAAGUUUCUGUAGCUCAUGCAAUAAAUGGCUGAGACAGUAGGUGUAAUACCAAGAGAUGAAGAGGACAUCCAAAAUAACAGUGAUGAUGAAGACCUGUUUCUGACUUGUGAUGCUGUAACGGUAUCCCCCGGUUGCUCUUCCAGCCCUUCAUUAGCCAGCCUUAAUGAAGACAAGGGAAGCUCAACAGUGCCAGAAAGACUGUCUGUCCUCUCCAGCAAGGCCGUGGCCCAGGCAAAAGCCCUGACUGGCCCAGAGAUGGUUAGUGGUGGCCAGGCACAGAGGACAGCCUCCGAGUUGGCUGAGCAUCAUCCGACAACUGUAAGUGCAUCGUUAGGUGGCUCAUGGUACCCCACGGCGGUCGAUAACCUGCAGCCUGGGGGCGUUGCCUCCCUGUGCUCCAAAAGCCCCUGCUGUGAUGGUAACCCAAGUUUGGAAGCACCACAGGUCCCAAGGGUGCCCGGCGGGGCCAGCGAGUCCCCUCAGGCUGUCGCUGCCCUGCCCACGAGUGACCCUGGGGGCUGCCACAUGCUGCAGGUGGGGAGCGGCAUGAAGGGUGAUACAGCCCCUUGUAGCCUGGGCCAGGCAAUUUGGACGAAGUCCGCAAAAGUAAUGGAGACCUUAGAAAGUAAGAAAAAAGAGGAAAAGGAGAAGUACCGGCUCCAGCUAGCUAUGUACCGACGGCUUCUGCUGUUGCGUUCAAUCAGGAGCUUGCACAAGCAGCUGGAGCAGCAGCAGGCCAGAUUGCAGCAAUGCUACGGUGUGGUAAUAAAUACCAAGAAAGAAGUGUUGAAACACAUUCGCUCCACCUCGCCCUCACCUUCGCCAUAA